UGGUUAGUGGGUGGAUAGAUACUUCCCUUAAGUACCCAGGCACACCACAGAACGAUAGGUAGCAUAGCAACAGCAGCAGCAUACUACAGCACCCAACCAUGUCCGCAGCUGCCUACCGAUCCGCGAUGCUGCACCGACGAGAUGAUGUUCCCAUCGACGACGACCACUUCAGCGACGACGACGGCGACGGCUCGCGGACAGAGUCGUGGUACUUCACCGAGCAGGCCACCGCGAUAAAGUACGGGAUACUGUUCGGGUUGUUGUCGCUCGGGUUCCUCGUCAUCUUCGGGAGCUGGAUGCACGCGCGACAGCGCAUGAGGAAGGGACAACCACCGCUUCCCUACCAUCGGUGGCUGGUCCCCCGGAUGUACCGCGCGCGCUUCGAGCCUCACCUGCGAGUGCCAGAAGCGAACUUCUCAUUCUACGAGCACGACGAGCGACACCGGGGCGGCGGCGGCGGUGGUGUUGGUGGUUACGGCGGCGGCAGCGGAGGAGGAGGAGGAGGCGGCGGAGCUGGGGAUGGCUACGACAUGCACGCGGUCCCGCCGCCGGUGUACAAUCCGCAUCUCGCGCAGCCACCAGCAUACCCCGGGUUCUCGUCGUCGGCCGCCGCGUCGUCGCCGAAACCGAAUCCCUUCGAGGACCCGCAGCACGUACAGCGCGCGAACGGCGAGGGUAGCAGCGGCGCCUUCCUUGCGCUGCCUCCGCCGUCGGUCCCUCCGCCCCGUUACUCGUAGGUACUCUGGACUCGCCGCCCUGUCAUGUCGGUCCAAUUUCCCGCUCCCCCCGCCACUACCACCAGGGGGGGUGAAAUUAUUACCCUCUUUUUUUAUAUAUUUCCCCAACACCUUCGGCAAUAUUUUCCCAACAUUAUCGCUCGUGCAGCAUGCAUCUUACCAUUUUUGCUUUUUUCUUUCUAUAUCGUUUAUCGUUAUAUGAUUUUGUUAUUUUUUCUCCAUAAAUCUUUCGGGCUUCGGGUUUUGCGGGAGGAGUUUUUGUCGACUGGGUGUGUUUCUCUCUCUCCUUUUCACUUGCCUUUUUGGUCUUCCGUUCAUUCGUUCAUUCGUCCAAUACGUCGCAGUCCUGGGUGACUCCGUUUUUGUGUCGUCCAUAACUAUUUC